GAAAAAAAAAAUUAAAGUACCCUAUUUUCAUGUAACACAUGUUACUCUAAAUAUCUGAAUACAAAUUUCAAGGACAGUAUUCCUGCAUAUACAAUAGGCAUCAGUACAGUCCCAAAGGAAUCAAUGAUGUAGCAUUUGUAAACCUAGGCAAAAACAAUGCCCUAAGAGCUGGCAUUGGAAGUCCUAUACAAAUGUUCUUUAAUCUCAUUUCUGUCACCACAUCUGGACAGAAUAAUGGGCUGGAUAUUUUCUGCACUUACUCCAUCUGUAUUUCAGAGAAAAUUUAAAAUUUCAAGUCUCACAAUGCAACAUCUUUCAGAGCUGUUAAGAUCUUGGCUUAGAAAGCUGCUGCAUGCAGCAGUCUUGAAGACACUGAUGUUUAAACUUCUACUGAAUUUAACUGGACUCUGUACCAAAAUAGGAGACAGUUUAUAAAAUGACAGCUUAAUGCCUUGAUACUGUAAGCCCUUACAGAUAUACACCUUUAAAAUGUUAUCAUCCAGCAUCUGGCUAUGCUCUAUAAUAUUUUUAAAUGGAACUGAAUAUUUAUAUUAUUAUAAAAUAACCACCUCCUCUUUAACGAAAUGCAACACUAUUUGCAAAGACAAUCCUAAGAAUUAAUCUCUGAAUGUGAAAUUCAAGAAACACUGAAGGAUUCAAAUAGCAAUGUUAAUUUAAUCCCCUUGCUUGCAACCAGGAUAGUAUUUUUUAAAACUUUAUAUGCAAAGCUUCUGUAUUUGUAACUAGAGUUUUUUAGCUUGCAGUUUUUGACAUUUCAGUUGUAAAAUCUGCAAUUACCAUAGGUACUUUCAGGUAAAAAAAGCAAAGUUAAAAAGUUUUCAGUUGAAAAAGUUUCUGUAUCCUGUAUGACCAAGGACACAGACUGUGGCACAAGGGGAAGAAAUUCCAGCAGCUUCAUUUCCCUUGGUUGUCCUGCCCAUAAACUCACCUGUGUUAGGCAGAGACUGAUGCUCCAUUAGGCUUUCUCCUGCUCUCCAGGUGCAAUGUGUCACCAAUCAGCAAAGGCCUUAAAUGUGAGAGCAGGAGGGAGGCUCUGCCUUUCACUGAUUGCAGGCUUCAUAGAUGGAGACGCUGCUGCAAGAGUUCAGCUCAGCUGCCAAGCUCUUAACUGACUUUAAGGAGAUGUAUGAAUAUGAGACCCGUUUAAAAACCUUCACCAAGUGGCCCUUCCAGGAAAACUGCAAGUGCACUCCAGAGAAUAUGGCAAAGGCUGGCUUCAUCCACUGUCCAAGCGCAAAUGAACCAGAUGUGGCAAAAUGUUUCUUUUGCUUGUUAGAACUGGUGGGCUGGGAACCAAAUGAUGACCCAUGGGAGGAGCACACAAAACGUCACACCUGUGACUUUUUAUCCCUUCCCAAGCACUUUGAUGAGCUGACAAUGGAGGAGUACUACAUGCUGGAGAUGACACGGCUGAGGACCUUCAUUUGCAAAGUUGGCAGCCGCACAAUAAACUCUUUUCAAGAAGAAGUCGCGGCAACGAGGCAGAGGCUCGUGAAUUACUUUGGCUCCAGACCCUCGCUCCCGGCACCGCUGCCUCUCGGGGAUGAGCCUUCAGCCCAGCAGCCUGGAGGCUCAGCUGCCGGCCAAAAGGAGCCCAGGACAAGUGAGCUGUGACGUCUGGCUCUAAAAGUGUCUCUUAAUUUGGUGCGAACAUUCCUGUCUCUGUCUGAGAGCGAAUCCAAAGCUGACCAGAUGUGCGAGGAAGUUUAA